UCCUCCACAGUCCGCCACGACCCCAGUCCCGGGCGUGCGGGCUCAGGAGGCUGCGGCUGCGGGCCGAGAUGCCAAGAGGGGCCGUUGCGCCCUGGGGCCGUUGCUCCGCACCAUGAAGCUCCGCAGCAAGGCGGCGGCGCUGCUCCUGCUGGCACUGGCCGCGCUGCUGCUGGCUCUGCUGUCCCUGCGCGCCCGCCGCGCCCCCGAGCCCCGCGUCCUCCCCGCCGCCCUACAGCGCCGCCCGGCUCCGGUUGCCGCGCGCCCCGCAGAGCCCCGCGUUUUCCCCGGGGACCUCCGCCCGCGCUCUCCUCCGCGCCGGCCCCCGCGUCCGCACCCCAGAUCCCGCCGCCCCGGCGCCGCCGGCCGCCACAAGUUGGCGAGGAGACCAGGAGAAGCCCAGAGUUUCCGCUCUGUACUGCCACCAGAUCUCUGGAUCCAUCUGGCUGUGGUGGCCUGUGGCAACCGGCUUGAGGAGACACUGGUCAUGCUCAAGUCUGCUGCGCUCUUCAGCCACAGGAAGAUGCGCUUUCACAUCUUCACUGAAGAUGCUCUAAAGCCUGAGUUUGAUAAGCAGUUACGCCAGUGGCCUGACUCAUACACAAAGAAGUUUGAGCACAGACUCUACCCCAUCACAUUUUCAGUUGGAAACCCUCAAGAAUGGAAGAAAUUGUUCAAACCCUGUGCCGCCCAGAGACUCUUUCUUCCGGUGAUUUUGAAGGAUGUGGACUCGCUUCUCUAUGUAGACACUGAUGUUCUCUUUCUGAGGCCUGUGGAUGACAUCUGGAAACUUCUGAAGCAGUUUAAUUCCACCCAACUUGCAGCCAUGGCCCCAGAGCAUGAAAUCCCCAAGAUUGGCUGGUACAGCCGCUUUGCCCGGCAUCCUUUCUAUGGCACUGCAGGGGUUAAUUCAGGAGUCAUGCUCAUGAACUUAACUCGCAUAAGAAGUGCCCAGUUCAAGAACAGCCUGAUUCCGACAGGCCUGGCUUGGGAGGACAUGCUGGUCCCUCUGUACCAGAAGUAUAAGAACGCCAUCACAUGGGGAGACCAGGAUCUAUUGAAUAUUAUUUUUUAUUUCAACCCAGAGUGUCUCUACCUGGUCCCUUGCCAGUGGAACUACCGCCCAGAUCACUGCAUGUAUGGGAGUAACUGCAAAGAGGCUGAGCGUGAAGGUGUGUCUGUUCUUCAUGGCAACCGUGGCGUCUACCAUGACGAUAAGCAGCCGACUUUCCGAGCACUCUAUGAAGCAAUUCGGGAUUUUCCCUUUCAAGACAAUCUCUUUCAAUCCAUGUACUACCCUCUCCAGCUGAAGUUUCUGGAAACCGUACACACCCUUUGCGGACGAAUUCCCCAGGUUUUUCUGAAGCAGAUCGAGAAAACAAUGCGAAGGGCUUACGAGAAGCACGUCAUCGUCCACGUGGGCCCCAACCCUGUGCACUGAGUGUCUUCUGCCUCAAGCCGGCUAGGUACCUGGGACCAAGGCGACAGGAUCUUCUGCUGACUGGAUAUUUGUGUGUGUGAAUAUUUAAUGGUGCUCCGUGACUGUUUAAAAAGCCAUGUUAAAUUUUGCUGAAUUGGUUAUCCCUAAAAGGGAAUGUGCUUUUUUAAAUUUUUCUAAAAUCAUAUUUAUCUAUUUUUUAAACCCAAACCUUAUUAGCAUGCAUUUAACAUUGUCCUAGUGGGUUGAGAGAAAAGAACUUUUUCUAACCCUGUGGUUUCUGUUAAGUAUUUGAGACCCUGACAUUGUUUGCAGGUGUCACAUUUAUCUAAUUUUCCCAGGACUCUGUGUAACUGGCUCUCUCACACCCUCUUAACAAAAGUACUACAUGUUAGGGGGUGGGCAAAAUGACUCAGCCAGUAAAGGUGCCUGCCACCAAGCCUGAUGACCUAAGUUAGAUCCCUAGACCUAUAGGAUAGGAGAGAACCAACUCCAGCAAGUACACACACACACACACACACACACACACACACGAAAUUUAAUAUUAAAAAAAAAUCUUAAGGCAAAUGAAUAUAUCUCUUUCCAGACCCCUCCUAUUGUAACCCUUUUCCCCCUACUUAUGUAUUUUUAUUAGAAUGCACAUUUAAAACAUGCAGCCUUAGUAAAGACCAGCCUCUAUAGUGAGAUUUUCGUAUAAGAGAUUAAAAGUUAGACAAGAUAAUUAAGUUCAGUGUCAUUUAUAUCGGAAAGAAGCUUUCAGACUUCUGCUAAUAGGGCUGUGUUACAGGAUGAAGCAGGUGUCUGAGGACGCCUCUCAGAAAGAUUGCUGAGACUUGAGGACUCAAUCUUAUGAAAUUUCUAUGCAACAAUUUUGAAAGGAAAUGUGAUAAUUUUGUUGAACCCAAGGAAUUUUUUUAGCAAAGAGGUGUCAUUUUGUGUUUAUCCACAGUCAAAAGUGUUUGAUUUCUUAAGUCUAUGGACUCCUGGGCAGUGGGUAGAAUCAAAGGCCAACUUCAGAUGUUUGUUUUGUUUGAGAUAGGGUCUCACUGUGUAGCAAACUAGCUGGCCUGGAACUUGCUGUGCAGACCAGGCUGGCCUGGAACUCAGAGAUUCACCUGCCUCUGCCUC